CUGGACGUCUACUACCUAUGUUCAGAAGCCAUGAAUUCCAGAAAAUUACUCUCAGAAACACGGAGAACAUUUCCUGAUACUAAAGCACACUGCCAGCAACCAGCACGGAUUCUCAUUGUGGAUGUCACAUCAGCUUCCUGGGCCAACACUUGUUCUGUACUCUCUGAAGCUCUGGAAAACACACUCUGUUUGGCAUGCAGACUGACAGGUCCCUGCCGUGUUCCCCUUCUUAGCCUCUAUGUGGUGCAGAACCAGCAGGAAUGUUUGCUUCCCUUUGUGCAACUGAAGGAAAGCUUUGCACGAGUUCAAGCCUGCAUUUCAGAGCUCCGUUCACUACCAAGAGAAGGCUGUUACCCACAGGGGGGAGAUGGAGUGGUACAGGCUGUGCAAGACGGAUUGCAGCAGUUCAAGCAAUACAGCAGACACACAGUAGCAGGAGGCUCAACAAAUAGUUCUGUUGAGAUCAUAAUUAUGACAAGCCAAUCAGGAAAAGAAAUGGUAAAGCAUCUGGAAAAGAAGUUAAAGGAUGUAGACCUUGUGAGUCUGCGAAGAAUACAAGUCACUGAGAUUUUGAAGAAAGGCUGUUUGGAGCCUGAGGAUGUGGAACAGUGUAUGCUAGCAGAAGAGCCCAGCAGCAAUGACAUUGCAAUCCUUGGAAUGGACAUUGAUCUGCAAACCAUAGAGGACAAUGUCAUCAGCUUGGAGAUGCUGUUUAAAACAUGGCUUCAUGACUGUGGCUCAGAGAGAGAACACCUCCAUCUCCUCCUUCCAUCAGGAGGCUCCAGCUAUGACACCGCACCCAAGACCACCCUAAUAUGCCUGAAGUGUGAUUUGCAGGAAAGACUGCUUGAUCCAGCUCUACUUUUUGGGACUGUUGAUGGCACCAUGAAAACGGCUGAUUCAAAUUCAUCCUGCCAGAUGACAGCCUGGCCAGCUACAGUGCUGUAUAAACUCCAGGUUGUAAAAGCUCUGAAGUCUGAAGGGGUCUGUGAGUCUGUACUGUAUGGACUGCCUUUCAUUAUCAAGUCCACGAGAUGCUGGCAGCUAGACUGGGAUGAACUGGAGUUAAAUCAGCAUAGCUUCCAUGCUCUAUGUCAUAGUCUUCUGAAAAGGAAGUGGAUGCUUUUGGCCAAACUCGAUCCAGAGAACACUUGUCCAAGCUGGAACAUUGUGGUGCAUUCCUACUACAUCAUUGUCCCUUCUGACUCUGCCACUCUGCUUGUCAAAGCAGUCGCUGUAAGAGAGCUCCUGAUGCCAUCAGUCUUCCCAGCCCUCCUUGCUGAGCAUCCUGAGAGAGUGCAGGGCCCUAUAGAGAGUGCCCUGAACAGCUUGGAAGUGGAAGUUACUUAUAACCCCUUGCACCUGAAAAGCAACCUCUACAAACACCUGAAGAGCAUGUUGUACAGACCACUGCACAGGCAGCAGGCCCAGCCCAGGGACCAGCGACCAGAGCGGCACCAAUCCAAGCAGCAUCAGAGCAGAGCCAAAGCCACAGUAGCACCCCUUCUGAUGGCUCCUUCUCCUGCCCAAUUGUUCAGACCAGCAGUGGUGAGGAGAGAUUCCUCUGAGUACUCCUUUCUCCCCAAAGAGGACGAUGAGUUCCUGCAGUGA